GGGUGGAGAGAGUGAGAGAGGGUGUCCCGUCCGCAGACAAGCAGAGAGCAGCUGCAACCUUCACAUCGCAAAGGAUUUUCACCGCAUUGCGAAUUUAAAAGAGGGGUUAACAAACUCCUAUCUUCCCCCCCUUCUACAAGGCGAGUCUCGACUCACCUUUAAAAAAAAAAAAAAAAAAAAAACCCAAGGAAAAAAAACCAACCCCAAAACAUCCAUAUUGUCCAAAGAUGGUCGACCGUGAGCAGCUGGUGCAGAAAGCCAGGCUGGCCGAGCAGGCUGAGAGAUAUGACGACAUGGCAGCCGCUAUGAAGUCGGUAACGGAGCUGAACGAGGCCCUGUCCAACGAGGAGAGGAACCUCCUGUCGGUGGCCUACAAGAACGUGGUGGGCGCCCGCCGCUCCUCCUGGCGCGUUAUCUCCAGCAUCGAGCAGAAGACGUCGGCCGACGGCAACGAGAAGAAAAUCGAGAUGGUGCGCGCCUACCGGGAGAAGAUCGAGAAGGAGCUAGAGGCGGUGUGCCAGGACGUGCUCAACCUGCUGGACAACUUCCUGAUCAAGAACUGCAGCGAGACGCAGCACGAGAGCAAAGUCUUCUACCUGAAGAUGAAGGGCGACUACUACCGCUACCUGGCCGAGGUGGCCACGGGCGAGAAGCGCGCCACCGUGGUGGAGUCGUCAGAGAAGGCCUACAACGAGGCGCACGAGAUCAGCAAGGAGCACAUGCAGCCCACCCACCCCAUCCGCCUGGGCCUGGCGCUCAACUACUCCGUCUUUUACUACGAGAUCCAGAACGCGCCCGAGCAGGCCUGCCACCUGGCCAAGACCGCCUUCGACGACGCCAUCGCCGAGCUGGACACCCUCAACGAGGACUCCUACAAAGACUCCACGCUCAUCAUGCAGCUGCUGCGAGACAACUUGACACUGUGGACAAGUGACCAGCAGGACGACGAGGGCGGGGAGGGCAACAACUAGACAGGGGGAAAACAGGGGAAAAAAAGGAAAAAAGGGGAAAUCUCCCGAGUAGAGAAAAUUAAAAAAGAGUCAUUGCGAAAAAGGCCGGUGGACUUUGGCAGCCGCUUUUGCCGACGACACAAGCGCAGCAGCAGUUCUUUAUUUUUCCAUGUGUUUGAAGAAAAGAAUGAAAAAGAAGGCGAGAGAGGUUAGUUUAAAUAUAUAUAGUAAUAUAUAUACGGUCGAAAGGGCCUCCUUCUUGGUCUUGUUGAUUUCCUCUUUCACAUUUGCUCCACUGAUACUUCGUCAGCCAAUCAGGCUCGAGCGGUCGUCGACUAUGUCGGGUUGAGAUGGCCACCUCGCGCCGGCACCAGAACUGGUCUGUCGAGACAAGCUGCUUACUUUUUUUUUUUUUAAACACAUUUUAUUUCUAUUUAUUUGUUUGCGUGAUAAUGUCGCGUCCUGCAGGGAGCACGUGCGUCACAGCUUGGUUCCAAGAACUAGUCCAAACCCAGGAAGUCUGACUAAUUUCUAAUGAUUUGGCAAUAAUUUGGAAUGAUGCAUUUGAUUGUUUGAAAAGAAAAUAAGAAUACUAAAUAGCACACGUUUUUGGCGGCGACGCAACAACAACAAAAAAAAGCGAAAAAAAAAGAAUGAGCAGCUUCAGAGUUUGUGGUUUAUUCCUGUGUUUGUUUUCAUUUAAUGCACUUGCCUACUAUACUGUUUCUUCAGUGUACGAUGAUGACAAACCAUAAUAAUAUUCAAUAUUGUGCAUGCUGGUGAUGUAUUUAUAUACAGUAGCUUGACUUUAUUAACUUAUAAUGUGGGUGUUGAGUAUUCAUAUGACUGAGAAAAAUUACGCAAGCUUUCUGUCUAAUUUAUUUUAUUUUGUUUAUCGAAAUGAUCGUUAAAAAAAAGAAUACAUAUAUAUAUAUAUAUACAUAUAUAUAUAUCUAUAAAAUUGAGCUGUACUGGGCGUUGCUUUAGUGACAUGCAAUAUGUGUUUAAUUUGUCAAUGACAGAACAAAAUAAUAAAAUUAAAAAAAAUUAAAAAAGGACGCUAGAACCUCACUACUGCGCUCACUCUAUCUUGCCAGCUGGUGUUUGUCACAUUAAAAUAUAAAAUAUGACACAUCAGUAUUAUUAUUUUUCUCUGUCAUGCAUUCUGGUUUGAUUAAUGGUGACUCGUUUUUUCCCCCCCAACAUGGACCAUUUUUGUUUUGAUACCUGUUCCUGAGUGACAAAAAAUAUCUUGAAUGUGAGUCAUUAUGUAGCAGCUGCACAAGAAACGAAAACAACAGCUAUGAUAAUAAUAAAAAGAUUAUGACUGAAUGAUCAGUGCACCGUU